GCUACUACAAUUCCCAGAGCACCGCACAUCUCCACAAUCCCCUUAGAGUUGGCCGCACAGAGUUCUGGGACUUGAAGUCCGCGGCCUAUUUACUCAAGUUAGAUGUAGGGGCCUGUGGAAACAUGAAGAGGAUAAAUAGCUGUGUGAAGAGUGAUGAACAUGUCCUGGAGGAGUUGGAAACAGAAGGGGAGAGGCAGCUGAAAAGCCUCCUUCAGCAUCAACUUGAUACCUCUGUGUCCAUUGAGGAAUGUGUAUCUAAAAAAGAGAGCUUUGCUCCUGGUACUAUGUACAAGCCCUUUGGGAAGGAAGCAGCUGGGACUAUGACUUUGUCCCAGUUCCAGACACUGCAUGAGAAGGACCAGGAAACUGCUUCCCUCAGGGAACUAGGGCUCAGUGAAACAGAAAUCUUGAUCUGGAAGAGCCAUGUUUCAGGUGAAAAGAGGACGAAACUGAGGGCAACCCCUGAAGCAAUACAGAACCGUCUUCAAGAUAUUGAAGAAAGGAUCUCAGAGCGCCAGCGCAUCCUUUGCCUGCCCCAGAGAUUUGCAAAGAGCAAGCAGCUGACCCGGCGAGAAAUGGAAAUAGAAAAUUCUUUAUUUCAGGGAGCUGAUCGUCACUCUUUCCUCAAGGCUCUUUAUUACCAAGCAUACCACAAAAAGACAAGUGCAGACAAGUACAUGACCUCAAUGAAGAGGAAGAUAAAAUUAGGCACAAAAGAUGAAUCCCAAAAGAAGAACAAAGGUGAUCCCAUGAACAACCUGGAAAGUUUUUACCAAGAGAUGAUAAUGAAAAAACGUCUUGAAGAGUUCCAACUUAUGAGAGGUGAACCCUUUGCUUCCCACUCACUGGUCUCAGCUACAUCAGUGGGAGAUAGUGGCACAGCUGAGAACCCAUCAUUACUCCAGGACGAGGGAAAACAGGCAGCACAGGGUAAAGGUCCCAGUCUCCAUGUGGCAAAAGUUAUUGAUAAUUCACCUGAGCAGUGUUGGACUGGGCCUAAGAAGCUGACGCAGCCAAUAGAAUUUGUCCCAGAAGAUGAGAUCCAGAGAAAUCGUUUGUCAGAGGAAGAGAUCCGAAAAAUUCCUAUGUUUUCUUCAUAUAAUCCAGGGGAGCCAAACAAGGUGUUAUACCUGAAGAACCUUAGCCCUCGGGUGACUGAAAGAGAUCUUGUCUCAUUGUUCGCCCGGUUCCAGGAGAAAAAAGGACCUCCAAUUCAAUUCCGAAUGAUGACUGGACGAAUGAGGGGGCAGGCUUUUAUCACCUUCCCCAAUAAGGAAAUUGCAUGGCAAGCUUUGCACCUAGUAAAUGGAUAUAAAUUAUGUGGGAAAAUAUUGGUGAUAGAAUUUGGAAAAAACAAAAAGCAACAUUCAGAUCUCCAGACUGCUUCUCUCAUAUCAUCUGCUGCAGACAACACUACAGAAAUCAGUGGUAGUUAGAAGAUACAUCAAUUGGGAGUCCUGGGAGUCCUAUCUUGCAUCAGAGUCUUGGAUCUAGGAUUUGUGUAUAGAUACCAAUUUGUUUGGAAUUGAAGAGAAACUAUUUGAGGGAGAAAAAAAUCUAAGAUAAUCUCUUUCAGAUUUUAAAAAGGAUUGGUAGAAAACAUUUUUCUAUCAUCUAAGACCAUAUAGGACAAAUAGGACAUAUAGGGCAUACAUAUGCUGAGUAUGAAGUUUAGGGUACAAAGAAUAUCAUUUUCUCAGGAUAAAUUACAAAAUAUUGUUUCCAAGGAUUUUUUAAAUUUUUAUAAUUUAUCUGGGGUCUUAAAUAUUUAUCCCCAGAAGGCAUUCUGGCAUUCUUUCCAAGAUUGCCUCUUAUAUACAGAACUAAAAAGCUAAUUAAUUGUUGAAAUAUUUAUUUACUAGAGCCUAUUUGUCCCUGAAUGUAUCCACCUAGUAAAUAAAUGACCAGGACCCCAAGCCUAAACAUCGACAAAGACUGUUAAAUGAGAGCUAUCAGCAGCUAACAUUAGGUAGUUUCAUAAGUCAGUAUAUAUAUUUAAUGAAUGUUUCCCCAUUGUUAUCAUUGUCUUCAGAAUGCUACAUAUUUUUCUAAUGAAAACAUUUGUCACAUAUUGAUGUUCUCACUGUCAUUUUAGUGAGCUACCACUGAGUAACCAUUGAAUUCAAAGCAAUAAACAUUGAAUAAAUGUCUAAUAUAUGUUAGGUAUUAGGUAUGUGAAUUUUAGAGGAGGAACAUACUAACAAAGAAUACUAAAGGAAGGUACAAAGAGAAAGUUCUCUAGAAGAAGGCAGCAUCCCUCAAUCCCUCAGUUGUUAAUUAUAGUUGCUAAAAAAUAAAAAGACAAUGUGGAAUAGAGGAAAUAGUACAAA